GAAGAAUGGACAACGUCACUUCCGUAAACACAAGGCGCUUGCAAUGUGUGAAUUUGGUGCCGGGAUUAUUUUGUCAAUGAGUCCUUUAUUUCUGUUUUUUAACUGCCUGCGGUAAGUAUUUAUGGAUAAACACUUUUAAUAUUUAAUGUAAUAUUAAAGUAGACGGUUAUUUGUUUCGAUACUUUAUUUGUAACUCAAUAUAACAGCUGUAGCAUAAAUGUGACUUUUACGGAUCUUUUUCGUGUUCUAUGCCCUCAGGUUACAUUAUACACAACCAUACAGCUUUAUUGUUUCUGUAUUAAAUAUUUUAUGGUUGUCAGCUCUUAUUAAUUAUGUUUUAAUGUGAUUUUCCGCAGAUGUCUCAUAUUGAAUCCUCCAGUGUCACGGAUAACUCUGUUCCUGGUGAAAGUAGAGACACCUCUGCUGAGAAAGACUCUGUAUCUGUGAAAAAUGGCUCCAGCAGUCCAGACAGAAGUGUGAGAGAACGAGUCCUAAAGGAGGUCGGACUCACCAGCUCCACCUUCAUUGGUCCAGCAUUCCCCCCUGAGAAAAACACAGUCAAACCUGACAUUGAAGACACUCUGAGUGAGUUUUACAAAGAGCUAGAGCAGAUCGAUACCCCAGAUGGUCCCACAGAUACUCCAGAGAAACAAGAAAAAGGCUAUACGCAACCCACUAUACCUCUCAAGACAUCCCACAUUGAAGAAACAUUCGACAAAUCUGCAGAAACAGAUGGAUACCAGAGAAGCAGUGGGCAGAAACAGCCGUCCUGGCCCCACUGGUAUCAGAAUGAGCCGUACCUCCCCAGAAGACCAAGACCCGGACUAGACCAGAGCCCUGGUAGGAGUUCCUCCCCUCUGAAUCAAAGGCAUUAUCCUCAAAUGAUGAGACCUCCACCACCAAGAUUUCACAGACCACCAUUUCCUCCACCGCUGCCCCGACCUGCAUUUGAAAACCCACAAAGUUCCUUGUCACAUGGGAACCAAAACUGGACUGGUUCAGGCUUCACCCCCCAGCAUCAUGAAGGCUCUCAUUUCCCACCAUUUCCUACAUUUCCACCUCCAAAUGUAUGCAAUCAACCAUUUCAGGGCUUUUAUACAGACCCUCCACACCACUUAGACAGGGAUGACCGGGUCCCUAACUACGAUGUUCACACCAAAAACCUGGACUUUGGAUGGUCCACUGAUAAAACAGAACAGUGGUGUCAGUUUGAUGAAGAUUAUGACUGGCGCCACAGAAACAAACCUGAAAACGAACAGUGGGACCAUCACAACCAGCACCCUGACAACAACAAUACACCCUCCUCCUCUUUGGUGCUGAUCUUGAUGAGGGGACUCCCAGGAUCAGGAAAAUCAACUCUAGCCAGGUACGUUUAUUAUCACCUUAAAGGUGUCCAAACCUUGCUUUGUAACCUAAAUCCAUGAUAUCAUGUUCUUUGUCCCAUAUUUGUGUCCUAUUCUCCUCACAGGGAGCUGCUCUCCACUGGUCCCAGCGGGCUGAUACUGAGCACAGACGACUACUUUGCUCAUAGAGAUGGAUACCGCUAUGAAGCAGGUCUCCUCGGAGCAGCACAUGAAUGGAACCAAAGAAGAGGUACUCACAUGGUUGUAAAUGCUAGUUAAUUAAUGGAUAAUUUAAUCAAAAGAGAAGAAAUCGCAGAUUAUAAUGACAAUUGAUUAGUUAUUUCAAAAAUGAAUGCUGAAUGCACCCUCUCUAAAGAAUUUAAUAUAUUUUUUUACAUCUCUUUGUCAAAGAAGCACUUGGAAGAGAUUUGCUCUGAUUGCAGAAACUCUAAAACAUUAUUUUUUUUUUUUUUAAUUUCCCUUUGUGAAAUAAUUCACUAAAUAUAUAAUCAUAAAAUACCCCUGCACUGAUAUUGUGUUCCUAAGAUCAAAAUACUUUCAGUAAUUGACUAUUUUAACUGGAAAAAUUGUUAUUCCCUUUUCUCCUGCUAUCAGGAAAUUGAAUUUCACACCUUGACAAAAACGGCUCUUUUUGCUCGAUAAGCAGAACAUCAAGUACCCUGAAGUUGCUCACAGGAAAUAUUAAUGACAUUCUUUGACUAGAUUUCAUUCCCUCGUCAGUGCCUGUCAGAUUUUCUUUAUCAUUUGUGUUUUUCCUCUUAAAGCUCAAGACGCUAUGCGUGAUGGCCGGUCACCCAUAGUCAUUGAUAACACGAAUAUCCAAGCGUGGGAAAUGAAGCCUUAUGUUAAAAUGGUAGGUACAGGAAUUUACAUAUAAGUGUGAAGUGAUGCAAACUCCCUCACUGAUUCUCAUGAGAAUCUCUUUUUUUAACAGGCCAUAGAGAGGGGAUACAGAGUGGAAUUUUGGGAGCCUGACACCAGCUGGAAGUUUGAUCCUUCUGAGCUGGAGAAGUAUGACAUUUUUUAAUUUAUCAUAUUAAAAAUAUUUUGUUAAAAAAAAACCAUACAGAGUUAAAAUAAUGUCCAUCAUCUGACUGAACUGCUCUGUCCUCAUUCCAGGAGAAACAAACACGGAGUUCCUCAGGAGAAAAUCGCUCAGAUGAUGGAUCGGUUUUCAUUUCCUAUAUCGGUGGACAUUGUGAUGAGUUCACAGGAGCCGCAUCAUGUGAGCCAGAGACGUCAGCCAGAGCAGAGGAGAAACCGAGAUUUCAAUUCGUAGUUAGAUACUAAACCAGCAAAAUAUUUGCCUGAAGAAGAACAGCACUUUUGUAAGGAUGUAAAUUUUGUUUGAUUCUGUGAUAAAUUUCCUAAAUUAUGUUUCCGGAUGUAAAGAAAGAAGUUUAUUUUUUCUAAGAGAGUUUUGAUAAUUGUUAUAUUUAACACCUUUGAUAGGAAAAGUAAUUCCAGGUUUUUGAAUCUUGUAUUAAACGAUUUUUGCAGACUUGUUAUUUCACGGUUUAUUUGUUCAAUACAAAACACAACAACAUAAAAAAAUC